AUGCCUACUGACCGUCUCAUCCACACUGAACCCGACCACAUACACAACCACUACCGCAACAACAACCACAUACACAACCCAAACCGCAACAGCAACCACAUACACAACCACUACCGCAACAACUGCCACAACCACAAACACUACCGCAACAACUGUCACAACCACUACCGCAACAACAACCACAUACACAACCACUACCGCAACAACAACCACAUACACAACCACUACCGCAACAACAACCACGUACACAACCACUACCGCAACAACUGCCACGUACACAACCACUACCGCAACAACUGUCACAACCACUACCGCAACAACUGUCACAACCACUACCGCAACAACUGCCACAACCACAACCACAACCGCAACCGCAACCGCAACAAUCUGAUUUUUUCUCUACAGAAGUACAAGACGGCAACAGGACUCUCGCCUGUAUCCAAGCUGCAGCUGUCGGACAAACGCUCAGAAGGAGAUCAGAAGGGGGUGCUUGAGCUGAGAAUGGGAUACUAG